AUGUCACAUAAUUUCGAUGAUGGAAGUGUUAACAACCUUUUAAAAGAGAUAGACGAUCUAAUUAAUAGGAUGGGUGACCAGAAUGAGAGUCACAAAAGUGAUAAUUCUUUUAAGGAUUAAUUAAGAUAGACAGGCCGAUUUGUGUUAGAGAAUGAAUAGCCAUGUGAUGUUCCUAAGAAAUUCAGCACAUCGAUCCCUAAAAAAUAAAAUAAUUCCUAAUAGAAGAGAGUUACGAUUGUGGCAGAGAAGAAAUCAUCGUCGUCCUCUUCUUCUUCCUCUGAUGAAGAGUAUCAAGUUAAUAAGAAAAAAUUUAAAAAAGAUAAAUAAAAGCAACAGUCUAAAUAUAGUCCAUGUAAGGCAAAAUAGGCUGGAUCGUAAUGCUCUUACAGAUCCAAAGCAAAAUCAAAUCUUAAAUGCGAAACUCAAUCUUAAUUGUCACAAGUAAAAACUUAACAAAAUUAAUUACUUGUGCAGCCAGUCAAAGAUGUAUUUUGCUUAAUUUGCGAAGAAUUUAUUCCCAUUGAUAUAGUUAAUAUUCAUAUGGCAGAUUGCUAGUAAAUUACUAAUAGUGGCAAUGAAAAUCAAAUGUUGAAACUAAAAUUGGAAAACUAUAAAAAGCUUUUGAGUUUAAGAUUCGAGGCAGCCUUUGAUGAAAAUGUUAAACAAUUGAUUGAACUAUUAUAUAACUGCACUUAAUAAAUCCUUGAUGUAUCUGAUCAAUAUUAGCUUUCUCAAACUAUUGAAGAUUUAUGUAUUUUGAAGACCCAAUUAAACUAAAAUACCAAAGCUUAUCAUGUUUUGACAGUGGCCUAAAAAAUUUAGGAAAUUGCUAAUAGGAAAAUGCAAGUUUUGAUUUCAGAGUAGGAGAAGCAUUCUGAAAUCAGGGAACCAUCAACAAUAUCAUAUUAGAAUAAAAUUAAUAUAUAAAAAUAAGAAUAAUUAGUUGAUCGACAGACAAUUAUUAGUUAUGCUACUAACACUACUUCUAGGAAAAGAUUGUUUGAAUCACCAUCAUUUUAACAUAUGCCUAAAUAACUAGUCAAAAUGUCCAGUAUUAAUGCAAAACCUAUCUCACAAGUUUAGAACUAAAACAAAUCACCAGUAAAAUAAGAAUAAAUGAAUUAAAAAACUGGUAUUGAGUUUGGCAAUAACUAUGACUCUUCCAAAAAGAGAUCUUACAUCUAGUUAUCUAAUUCAAAGAACCUAUCUUAAGUUCACACCAUAUAAAAUCAUUAAGAGAACAAUAGAGAAUCUGAACCUACCGUUAUCUCUAAAAUCUAAUCAUACAUUUCAAAUGUGAAAGGCAAGUUCUCAAAUGAAAAUGAAUAAAUUAAGAAGAAGUUCUUCCUCUAAGCAUGCAAAUGCAAAGAUAAGUUCCCUGUAAACCAUCCUGCUUAAAAUGUUCUAAUUUCUGAAAUGUUUAAUCAAAGUUAAAGAUAAUAAAUUCCAGAAAAUGAAUGGGAAGUCUGGAUUUAUAAUGUCCUUUAAAAUGCUUGA